AUUUUAUUAAAAACAACAAGGCCCAAAGUAUAAUUAUGCCAAAAUAAAGAGUUUUAAGCUGACAUUUUCAUCAACUUGGACCACACUGCAUCUGCCCACUGUAAAGUGAAACCCCUCUAUCGUUAAAACCCCUAAUUCGACCAAUUUCAAGUGUUUUUGUCACUCAGAGAGGGUACCAAAAAUUAGCCAUAAAAUGAGUCAGCUGAGCCGAGCCGCCGUGAAAUGGAGCCGCCUGAUCGGAACGGGUCAGGCAAGUCGGCCGCCGCCUUCGGCCAUCUUCUCGUGGCCGAAGCUGUUCUCAACUGAAGCGGCCGACCCGAGCCUUGGCUCCUCUGACGAUCCGUUUAAUCUAAAUCCAGCUGGAUUUAGGGCAUUAAUCGAUGUCUACCAGCCAAAAUUUCUAAAUGUUGUAUUUUCAAUUUCAGGUCGGGUUUAUGCGAAACUCACUAACAUCACUAGGCACACAACAAAGACUGAUGUACUCCAUUUGCUCGACGAGUGUGGAUUGAAUCCAGAAAACCUGAAAGUUGAGUACAAUUUAAGCUAUACUCCCCAGUCGAUGAUGGUUGAAUUUUCCUCUGGAGAAGCUUAUAGUGCUGGUCUCAAGGCAAUUAAUCGGGCUGGUCGCGUUUAUAAUAUGAAAAGGGUUGAUAAAUCUGAUUGGGACACAACUGUUCCUUAUGAUGGAAAAGUGAUUUUACUGUAUGCACUGCCUCGAAUUGCACUGAUGGAUGAUAUUGAGCGGUUCCUUUCUGGUUGCCAAUACGAUUCAUCGUCGAUUGAGAUAUUUAACAGGCCGAGCAAUCCAAACAAUGUCGGCAACGCCAGUAGCGUUCGGAUGGGACUCGUGCGCUUCCCUUCCCAAGCCCUGGCCACGCACGCAUUCAUUACCAAGAACAGAGGCUUUUGUCUUAAUGCCCAAAUCUCGGUUCAUGUUCUCCAUUAGCUUCGAGUUUUGGUGUAAUGGGGAAAUUCUGUGAAGCAGUUUUAAGUUUUCCAGUUGUUGGCAAUGCUAUUGGCAUUAUAUAAUCACGGUUCGAGGCACAAGUUUGACUCGUUAUGCACAUGCUUCAUCUUUCAAUUUUAAUCGUAUUUUGUUUUUGGGUUAUAUAAUUAUGUUACUCGUACUUUUGCUUGAUAAUAAUUGAUCAGAAUGUCUGCUUUCGUAACCCAGCAAUGCAUUAAUCCUAGGAAAUUUAGCUUCUAAGGUAGUUUUGGGAAUCAGAUUUAGAAUAUGCCACCUUUGCCUUUUAUUUUUUUUCAGAUUUAGCUGAACUUGCAUUUGUUGCUAAAUCUUAUUUCAUAUUGAGAAGUAUGUUAUGGGCGUGUUCAAUAUGGUUUUGUAUGGUACCACAUAUUUGCUGUUAGUCUCA